AUUUUUGAUUUCGAUAUCAUUUUCAGUUUCCACGCCCGCUCUCUCGUUCUCAUCAUGAUUCUCACUCCAUGCAUUCGUUUUUUAGCACCCAUAGUGCUUCCCAUUGCCCUAUUUGUUGGUUUUGUCUCCCUCUUGCAGAGAUGGAUCCUCUUCGUCUGUUACAUUUCCUCUGGGAUCGUGGCCCUGGGUGCAACAAUGUCGGCUCUUAUUUACUGGGCUUUUCGCGUCGUGUACGCGGAUCAUUGUGAUAAAAAGGACGCUGGAUCUAUGGGAGCCCGUCUCGUGCCGCGUGCACAAGGGAGAUGGCCUGGUAAUAUCGACAUACUGGCUAAAUCCAUGUACGUAUGGGCUGAGGGAUAUCCUAGCGACGGUUUCGACGAGAUGAUAGAUGCACAUGGAAGCAUCUUCAACCUUCGCAUGCUAUGGUCGGACAUGGUCUUCACGACAUCACCAAAGCACAUCCAGCAGAUUCUUGCCACAGAAUUCGAGAAUUUCGAGAAAGGUCAAAGGUUCCAAUAUGCUAUGAAAUCUGUGCUAGGUGUCGGGGUAUUCAAUGCUGACGGUAAACUGUGGAAGUUCCAUCGAUCAAUGACACGGCCUUUCUUUACGCGAGACAGGAUCACUCAUUUCGAUUUGUAUGACCGACAUGCAGAUGCAGCAAUCUCUCAGAUGAAGCGUAGGCUUCGCAGUGGUUAUGCCGUGGAAUUUCAGGAUCUAAUGGGCCGGUUUACAAUGGAUUCUGCAACUGAUUUCCUAUUCGGUUCUUGCGUUAACAGCCUCUCAGCGACACUACCUUAUCCGCAUGGCGCUUCUCUUAUCCUGGCAGAGUCUGAUAACACCCGUCGUAAUGAAGCCAAUGUGUUCGCGGAGGCAUUCCUCAAAGCACAACGCACUCUGGCAAAUCGAAUACGUCAAGGGGGGAUAUGGCCGCUCUUUGAGAUCACAAACGAUGAAACAGAAACUCCCAUGAAGAUAGUGCAUGGCUUUGUGGAGCCUAUCAUCGAUGCAGCCCUCCGAAAACAGAAAAUAUCCGUCUCCAAGAAGAAGGAUCUUAGUGAAAUUGGCGACGAUGAGACGUUGCUAGACCAUCUCGUCAGCAUGACAUCUGAUCAGGUCGUCAUUAGGGAUGAAACGUUGAAUAUUUUAUUAGCCGCACGCGAUACUACUGCAGCGACACUUACUUUAAUCGUCUACUUUUUGUCCAUGUAUCCUGACACUUGCUCGCGCCUCAGGGAGGAAAUCCUAAGAAGAGUAGGUCCCAACCGCAUGCCUACUUUUGAAGAUAUAAAAGAAAUGAAAUACUUGAGGGCAGUUAUUAAUGAGACGCUGCGAUUGUACCCUAUUGUUCCGUUCAAUGUCAGAGAUUCAAUCAACGCGACGACCUUUCCUUCAGAUAAUCCUUCCGAAAAGCCACUCUAUAUUCCUGCGCAUACGACAAUACUUUACUCUGUCUUUCUCAUGCAUCGCCGAAAAGAUCUCUGGGGCCCUGACGCUGAAGAAUUCGACCCCAACCGUUUCCUGGACCACCGGCUCAAAAAAUACCUGACUCCUCACCCCUUCAUUUUCCUUCCUUUCAACGCGGGACCGAGGAUAUGCUUGGGGCAGCAGUUUGCGUAUAACGAAAUCUCUUUUAUGCUUGUCCGGCUCUUGCAGACCUUUUCUUCUUUUAAAUUCUGCGGGGAGGCUCUGCCGAAUGAGUGCCGUACUCCAGCAGAUUGGACAAAGUGCAAUGGGAGAAAGGCAGUUGAUAAAUUCUGGCCAAGAAGUACGUUGACCCUGUAUAGCGCGGGUGGUUUGUGGAUUAAGGCCACCGAAGCCGAUAGGGCUUGAAUGUAAAUUGCAUCCAAAAAAUUGAUACCCAUGCUCCGAUA